AUGUCGCGACUCGUGCUGGUCCUCGGCGACCUGUUCAUUCCCGAUCGAGCCAUUGACAUUCCCGCAAAGUUCAAGAAGCUGUUAACUCCCGGCAAAAUCUCCCAAAUCCUGUGUCUCGGCAAUCUCACCUCGCCCUCCGUCUACACCUUCUUGCGCAACCUCGCCCCCGAUCUCCAGCUCGUCAAGGGCGACUUUGACAUUCCCCUCACUGCUGCUACCGCCUCCGAUGGCCCGAAUGCUGCUGCCGGUGCCGCCUUUCCCAUCCCUACCGCCCUGAGCAAAGUCGUCACUCACGGCAACCUGAGAAUCGGCUUUACCCAUGGCGACAGCAUCAUCCCUCCCGGCGACCCGGAUGCACUCCUGAUCGCUGCGAGACAAAUGGACGUCGAUGUGCUCUGUUGGGCUGGCACUUGCAAAUUCGAGGCAUAUGAGAUGGAGGGCAAGUUCUUCGUCAACCCCGGCAGCGCGACCGGUGCUGUGUCGUGGUCAGAUGAGACAUUGGGCGGGGAAGAUGAGGACGAAGACGGAAAUGUGCCAUCUUUUGUGUUAAUGGACGUGCAGGGCGAUGUGCUGGUGCUGUACGUCUACCAGCUGAAGAAGGACGCCGAAGGGAAUGCAAAUGUCGGCGUGGAGAAGGUGUCUUUUCGGAAGAAUGCCCACACAUCUUGAUCGAGUUCGACUCAAUUCGCGAUAGUCACGCGAUGGAGAAAAUCCUUCCAUCGAGAAUGGAACACUUGUACGAGACCACUUCAGUGAUGAGAGGUCUAGUGACGCAUAUCUUCACAAGCUUCAGUGAAGCACAUUUACGAGAGCUUCAUCCCACAGCAUGAGGUAGAACCAAGCUCGAACAUGCAGGACAAUUGAUACACACGGCUGCCAAAACAUGCU